UGUUGAACGGUAUGAGUGUGAGUUUGCCGUUAGUAAGAAGGAGAUGGCGUUGUUCACAAUACAGUAAUAGAAUAGUGUGGUUACGUAUUAGUUCAUUUGUCAGCGAAAAGUGGAUUAUGGUUUAAUAGCAAUAAGGGCGCAUUCGCUGGCGCGACAGUAAACUCGUUAACAAAACUUAAACGUUUCCUGUAUUUUGGUUUUUCUAUUAAAGCAGUGAGAAGAAAUCAAAAUGGAGAGCAACUUGUCGAGACUUCUGGUUGGACUAUCUCUACAGAUCGGUCGCAGUGAUGGUCGAGUGCAUGCGGCUACGGUAAAAUCUUUUGACACCGUCAAAUCCACGGCCACGGUAGAGUGGUAUGAGAGAAACUUAUGCCAAGGGAAGGAGGUUUCAGUGGGCGAAUUGUGUGCACUUAAUCCAGAGUUGCUGGACUAUGUAAACUCUGCCUCCAACAAACAAACUGAUCAGCCAGCUCCUGUUCCUGACAAGAAGUAUGAGGGUCGACUGCGUUCGUCUAGGAUUCCUUGGCCUUCCACCUCCUCUACUCCAGCUUUGCCCAAGGCUGAAGAGUCAGUUUCAGUUGCCAAACGGUCUCAGGCCAGGCAGACGUCUGUGUUCCAGCCUCCAGCCCCUCUUCGAGCACCGGUGUUGACCUCUGAGUCUCAGGCAAACCCGGAGACAGUCCGCCCUGAUCUCCCAUCUUCAUCAGUCCUCAUAAACUCUGCGAAUGUGAAUCAGCAGCACAGAAAGAAAGAGGCCAAACCAGCACAGCCGCAGGCUUUAGUCUGUGAUGCUAUAACGGAAAACGAACCUGAGAGAAUGCCUCCUCCACCUGCAGCCAAAAGUAGAAGAAAAUCUGUGGCUGCCCCAGAGAUGGUUAAAGGCAACAAAAGGCAGUCUUGUGUUAUGAAACCCCCUGAAAUGCAACCCAAAAGGGGAAAGUUUGGAGAAGCUUUUCAGCCAAACCAAAAGUUCUACGAUAUGAUCCAAGAGUUUAGAGAGACCUUGGAAAUCACCCCCAUAUCUGUCACUGACCAGAUUCAACCUCCCAAGAUUUGUGUAUGUGUUCGCAAGCGACCCCUUAAUAAACAAGAGAUCAAUAAGAAGGAGAUAGAUGUUGUGUCUGUACCUGGAAAGGGUGCACUGUUGGUCCAUGAGCCAAAACAGAAGGUCGACCUCACCAAGUACCUAGACAACCAAACCUUCCACUUUGACUUCUCCUUUGACGAGACCGCCACCAAUGACCUGGUCUACCAUUUCACAGCCAAGCCUUUGGUGCAGUCCAUUUUCGAAGGUUGCAUGGCAACAUGUUUUGCCUAUGGCCAAACUGGAAGUGGAAAAACCCAUACGAUGGGGGGGGGUUUCACAGGAAGGCAGCAGAAUAGUGCCAAAGGGAUCUAUGCAUUGGCAGCCCAGGACGUUUUCACCUAUCUCCACCACAGGAGGUAUGCUAACCUCGAUCUCUCAGCCUACGUCAGCUUCUUUGAGAUUUACAAUGGCAAAGUGUACGAUCUGCUGAACAAAAAGGCCAAGCUCCGUGUAAUGGAGGACGACCGACAGCAGGUUCAGGUGGUGGGCCUGGAGGAGGUCCACGUGACCACAACGGAAGAGGUCAUCAAGAUGAUACAGGCGGGCAGCGCUUGCAGAACCUCAGGCCAGACUUCAGCCAACGCCAACUCAUCCCGCUCCCAUGCGGUCCUUCAGAUUGCGCUACGAUGCAAUAACCGUGCUGCCACAUUGCAUGGCAAAUUUUCAUUGGUCGAUUUGGCCGGCAACGAGCGUGGCACAGAUGUCAGUAGCAGUGACCGCAGCACUCUGGUGGAAACUGCAGAAAUUAACCGCAGCCUGCUGGCUCUCAAGGAAUGCAUUCGUUCAUUAGGGAAAAACAGCGAACACAUCCCAUUUCGCAUGAGCACUUUGACAAAAGUCCUCAGGGACUCCUUUAUUGGAGAGAAGUCUAGGACCUGCAUGAUUGCAAUGGUGUCUCCAGGCAUGGCUUCAUGCGAGUAUACAAUGAAUACCCUACGUUAUGCUGACAGAGUAAAAGAACUCAAUGGAAAAUCCAAGGCAACUGGAGCAACAAAGGCCAACACAGAGCCUACCGAUGACUCCUCAGAGGAGGAAUCUGCUGUGGAUACAAGUGUAUAUGAUGCCAUAUCCCAGGUGGCAGAACUAGAGGAGAAAGUUUAUGUAGAGCUGCAGAGGGCAGAUGAAAUUGUCACAGCAAUGUCGUACAACAUUGAGACAGGACUUCCCAACUUGGUGGACUAUUCGCGGAAGUUACUGGACAUGGUUCUAGCCUUGGAAUCUGCAGUGGAUCAGGAGCGACUGGCAAGAAUGAAACACUGAGACAAACCCAGGAGCUCAGGCAGUUGCCAGUGAAGUUUUGUAUGUUUUAAAGCAGUUGUUUGCGAUUCUGACUGUAAUAAAAAUGCUUUUAAACACUAGUUAAUUAAAACUGUAUGAAAUAAUUUGAUGAACUGCUAGUGUAUUUUUGCUGAUAGCAGAUAUUUACCCUAGUGUCUAAAACCAUAACCAAGUUUGACACCAACUAUGACAUUCUGUUCAAAUAAAUCAAUUAUUCUAUUGUAAAACCACCAGGGACCUGUUGGUGUCAUUU